AUGGGGCGGAAUUAUUCUUCACUCGCGGCGAUGUCUAUCACGAGUGCGGUCGCCCACGCUGCUGCUGCUGCCGCUGCCGGUGCAGGCAAGAAAGCAGCUCAGGUGCAACUUCAGGCUGAGCUGAACACUGACGACGAAUGGAACAAGUUUGUUCAUAGAGAUGGACUUCUCGUCAUCGACGUGUACACGGAGUGGUGUGGUCCUUGCAUUGGAAUGGUCGGAAACCUAAAAAAAAUUAAAGUGGAGAUCGGAGGCGAUAAUUUGCACCUAGCCAUACCUUUCUCGCAGGCAAAAGCGGACACGAUAGCCGACCUGAAAAGGUUCAGAAAUCGUAGUGAACCAACGUGGAUGCUCCUAGCAAACGGUCAGCUUCUAAACGUCGUAUUCGGCGCAGACGCACCUCGUCUGACGCGCACAAUCGAACAAGAACUGAAGAAUGAAGAGCUGGUGCGAAAAGGCGAAUUGCAAAGGCCCCAGCGAGCUCCACACGAGCUUACGCCCCAAGAGCAGGAAGUCGCAUUAGCUCAACAGAAGAUUUUAGACGCAAGGAGAGCCAAGGAAGCCGCGGCGGCUGCGAGUGCGAAGCUAGCUCGGCGGGAAGCUCGGGCCAAGAGGCUGGAGUGCCACUUCAACGACGUGUGUCCGGCGCUGAUGACGCCGCACGCCCAGAAGCACCUUCGCAAAGUCGCAGACGCUCUAGAGCCGUACGGAGUAGUGAUAGCUGACAAAUGUCCCCUAGUGCUGAACAAGGACGGACUUCGAAUGCUCGCAUUAGAGGAUGAGAAUUUAGGCACCGAAGCGGCCUGUGCAGCGAUGGUAGAUAGGCCCUCACUGACUCUACUGCUCAAGAAGCUACCGGACAAAGAGGGAAAUGUCCUAGAACUAACUCGCAAAGCCCUCAUUGGCGAUGGUAUAGCAGCUGAAGAAGAGGAAACGAAAAAGUUCCUGGCGGAAGAGCUGACAGCCAACUCUGUGCCGGGACUGUUCGUGCCGGCAGACCGGCAUCAAAGGGCGGCUGCGCUGGACUUGUUGUUUCCAAAGAUGGUCGGUUCCCUAGUAGAACCUCUCCUACCCGCGGAACCCCCCCAUCUCUUGAUGAUAUUCGGAGCUUGGCAGCGCCGUGCUAUACUCGCGGUCACCUCGAGCCCUAAGCUGGCCAACAGCUUGCUGCGGUAUGGCUUCUUUACUGACGCUAACCUCGAAGAACCUAAGCUACUGGCUAAAAACAUCGACAAGUACGAAGAGAGAGUUGAGAAGGAUUAUUCUGAAACCAUCGCAUUAAUGAUCGCCGUCGCAGUAACUGAGCCAGCGUUGGUGGUCCCCCAGGACAUGCCCGAGGGUCCACCAGACGAGCUCCUGACCUUGGGGCCUUUGCACGUGAGCGAGGAUACCGUGGUCGGAGCUGAAGAGUGCAGCAGGUUCUUUCCAUCAGGAUACAGUGAACCCGAGCAUAAGCCCAAACCGAAAUCGAAGAAAAAGAAAAAGAAGCGUCACGAGACAAAAGACGAGGGAGACGAAACAGCCGAGGUAUCUACGGAAAUACCAGAGGACGGUGAUACGAUGGACGGCUCAGCCGAGGACGACGGAGCCGAGGUGGAAGGGGAGGGGGAGGAAGAAGAAACGCACCAAGAUAAAGCCACUUCUCCACCGCCCAAUGCGAUCUAG